AUGAAUAUCAGCCAAUGGAUCGAUGAUCUGGAACAAGCGAAUCAACCUAGCGAAUCCCCUGCAUUCAUCAACCAACACCGUGCAACUCGGAAACAUGGACAGGGCUCCGGAAAAGGCUCUUUACUAGAGCCCUUCGUUGAUCGUGUUCGACAUACCAGAAGGACCCAUCCUCCCGAGUCUCCACGUGCGUCAAACUCAGCUACAAGCAGUGUUACUCGUCCAUCGUCGUCUUCUUCUUCCUCUUCGUCUUCGUCUACGCCUUCGUCCUCAUCUAGUAAAAGGUAUCAGAGAAAACCGCGACAUCAUACCAAAGCAGACAAAUAUCACCCAAAGAGAAAGCGACGGUCGCACUCCAAAGAGAAGGCGAAGAAGCAGAGCAAGAAGAAAGAAAAGAACGCAAAGCGGCCCCAUCGCAGAAAGCACAACAGUGAGGUGAUCACAGGCGUGGUUCAGAGCUUCCAUGCCAAGAAUGUUCCCAAGAAUCGACUCACGCUCAAGCCUAGCAGCAAGGUUGGUCUGUAUACAAAAGGUCGCUCAUCGGGUCCUACCAGGGGCAAAGGCUUGCCAGAUCUGGUCUUCUCCGAGAUGCGAUUUCUGCAAAACCCUGAGCCCAUAGGGAAAGAGAAGCCUGAACGCAAGUCCAAGAAAAAGCACAAGAAACGACAUGAGUUGUCCGAGAAGGAGAUAUCGAGGUACUUCGAUUCUAGCAAGACACAGCCUGAAUAUAAUGACCGUAGCCGAGAGAGGCAUACAACACCGCUUGAUGCAACAGCACCAGCAGCAGAAGCUGUGAAACUUACGCAUACCACAUCACCGGUGGUACUGAAUCUUUCAGACAAGCCGUUCUUGGGAUUUGGAAGCAGAGGCACGCAUCCGCCCACCACAAGCUAUUACAGCUGGUCAGAUUCCGGAAGAGCAAGCUCAUCGCUGGCGAAGCAGAUUGUUCCGACCUUUCAACCACUAGCAGUUGGCGAGCUUCAGCGCGACUGGUCUCAAAGUCAAACACAAGCUGUUCCUGUUGAACAGAAUGCAACUCAACAUCUUCCUGUAAGACAAACGGCUGAUACACGAGACGGCGGAAGCCACGAUCGGACGCCCGAACCGGUUCCAGACACGAAUCAAGCCAUUAUACAGCCAGCCAAAGCUCGGUUACACUCUGUGGACGACGAGAGACCAGUCUCAGAGACUGUUUCUAAGAAGAGAAAGAGCGAAAUGCGUGUGCCUAUGCAUAUCGUCGAGCCCGAAUCAAAUCACAACCACGCCAACGCAAACAUGAUUGGCAGAGCUCCUUCGAUGCAAGAAAACGAUAGACUUGAGGGCCCACUUUCAACACGUUCGAAGGUUCCCGCAAAAGCCGACUCUAAACAGUAUUCGGAACCAUGGGAAGAGCUGCUUCAAGAUUGCGAGGUUGCAGCUCGGGCCCCCAUAUCAGCUUGGUAUGAGGGCUCGCUACCGCAACACAUCCGGUAUGUUUCUCAUGAGUAUGCCAAUCUGCAAUUGUGGAGGCCUAGCGGGGGUAACCUCUGGGAAUAUGAUUAUGGAGACAACUUUGUAGGCGAGCUUGUGUGCCCGGAUCAGCCAGAGGUCGUCGGUGACGGAGAAGGAGAUGAUCUCUCAUAUGGAGAUAUAGUAGAGUCUCUACUGGAAGAGUCGCAGCGAGGUUAUGACAUGCCAGCUGGAGAUGAAGCAUAUUGGGAGGAAGGCAAUGCAAGUCGACACGACGGGGUGCAAGGCUAUCAAAUCGAGGACGCCGAGCCUGUGGAUGAGUUUGCUACGUUCUGGCAGCCGAACAUUCUAUAUUGA